CGAUCGGAGGUUUGUAACACGGUUGUUAAUCCAUUCCGAAUAAUGUCCGUGUUUUGCCCCUUUUUCUCUGGGAGGGAGCGCGUCCCGUGGCCCGUGGGCGGUUACGAGCGCUGUGCGUGAUUCACAAACCUUAUUUGUUCGUACUACUUUGAGCGCCAUCUUGUUUGUAACUCUUCUACGUAAGUGGUAGAGUUCCUACCGAGGGGGGUAUCCGAUUACCCUUUUUUCCCGGCGUUAGUCUGGAAACCUCUCCCUGUAGGGCGCGUAUUGCAUUUGCUUUGUCUCCUAUUCAAAAAAAAAAAAAAGAAAAGAAGCCGCAGUCUUUCCAACUGGACAGAAAUGAGCAUCGAAACGCUUCUGGAAGCAGCCAAGUUUUUGGAAUUGCAAGCCCAGCAACAACAUAAAGCACGCGAGGAUGAACGAAAGGAAAAGCAACGUCUGGAGCAGCUGGCGGAGCAGCGGCACUGUGAUGUGAACCAUAACUCAACGCUCCACAUCAACAAUGUUGCUAAAGUGGAGGAGCGCCGCCCGGUGCCCGUCCCGCCCUCUGUGGCUCCUCCCCCCCCCGUGUCCAUCACCGUCAUCCCCAUCCCCGUCGUCGCCCCCAACCCCGCGGGCUCACCCGCCCUGCCCGUCGCCGCGCUCUCCCCUCCGGCCGCCGCGGUCCUGCCGCGCUCUCCCCAAACCAGACCGGACCACACGACCUCUGUGCUGACCGCCAACCACAAGCAGCUGAUGCAGAACCACCAGAACCACCAGCAGCACCCCCCCCAUCAGCAGCAGCAGCAGCACCAGCAGCUCAUCGCCCAAACGCCCACCGCCAAACUCCAGCAGCAGACGCACCAGCAGCUGGUUCACCGCUACCCGGGCUCCAUCGUCUCGCCCCCCCAGCAACACGCCUUACUCCCCCAGCCGGGCCCCGCGGUCCAGCAGGCGCCGCUGCAGAACGGCCUGGUCAGCCGGGGCAGCCCUCCGGACGACGGCCGCCAGCUGGACAGGAAGAGGCCCGGAGGGGCAGGCACAAGAGAAGUGCAUAACAAGCUUGAGAAAAACAGACGAGCACAUUUGAAGGAGUGCUUUGAGACGCUGAAGAAGAACAUCCCCAACAUCGACGAGAAGAAGACCUCCAACCUGAGUGUGCUGAGAAGUGCGCUGAGAUACAUUCAGACGUUGAAGCGCAAAGAGAAGGAGUACGAGCACGACAUGGAGCGGCUGGCCAGGGAGAAGAUCGCCACACAGCAGCGAUUAGCGGAGCUGAAGAACGAGCUGAGCCAGUGGAUGGACGUGAUCGAAAUCGACCGCGUCCUCCGGCAGACGGUGCAGCCGGAGGAGGACCAGGCGUCCACCUCCACGGCCUCGGAAGGCGAGGACGUCCUGGACGAGGACAUGGAGGAUGAGACCGCUCCGCCGAGAGCACCGGCUGCCUUGCCCGCCGUGCCUCCGACCAUGAAACCCGGGCCGCACGUAACUGCCAUAACCCCCCAGGCCCCAACCCUGAUACCCACCACUGCCUCCUUCAUCACCCAACACAUCUCCAUCCAGCACCAAGUCCCUCUGCACCACCCUCAGCUCCAGCCGCUGGCAGUGACCCCCCCGCAGCCGGUGUCCAAGACCGCGGCCCCGCCCAGCAGCACCCGCCUCGCCCCCGGGCAGCCCUUGAUGCCCACCCACACGCAGGUGGUGAGCGCCUCCAGCCUGCACCCCACGGUCAUCGCCCGGGCUUCAGUGUCCCACCCGUCGGUGAUCCAAGCGGUCAACCACGUCAUCCACGGGGGGGGUCCCAAACACAUCGCCCACCUCGCUCCAUGCACGACCAGCAGCAGCAGCAUCAGCGGCGGUGGCGGCGUCCACUUAGCCCCCGGCCACCAGCCCAUCGGCCACAUCACCGUGCACCCGGUGGCUCACCUGAGCCAGCACUUGCCCGCCCUCUACCCGCAACCGGUGGCGGUCACACAGUCGGCCGUGGUCGGUCACAUCACCCACACGCUGAACCACGCCCACGCGCACGUGAACGGCGCCGCGACCGGCCAGCCCGCUGCCACCAUGGUCGGCAAGCAGACCGCAGUGAGCACCCAGAUGGUGGCCCACCACCCACAGCUGGUGGGUCAAGCGGUGCUCAACCCUGUGACAAUGGUGACCAUGCCCUCCUUCCCCAUCAGCACCCUGAAGCUGGCUUGAACACUGCCGGCAGGACCACCAGGCUGGGAGACGGAGACAGGGAGGGGGGAAGAGGAGGGGGGAGCCACAGGCCUCAGACCUCAGACCAGGCUGCCGGCGAGUCAUCAAGAAGCAGAACAUUCCUUCAACAGAACCUCUUUCCAUACGCGUCCACCACAGGGUCCUGAAAUCUUGAUCGUAGAUUUAGGGACAUUGUUGGAAGUCGUCAUGUUGAGUGUGUGUGUGUGUUUGUGUUUGUGUGUGUGGGUGUGUGUGUGUGGGUGGGUGGCAAUUUACGGGCAGAUGAAUUAGACCUUCACAGGUCACCCGUGUGGCAUGAGCUUUCGAAGAAGCUGCUCCUUGGAGCCAGACGUUGCCACGCGAGGGCAGUCUCCCCCCACGGCAGCGCCCUGUGGCAGGGUCCACGUAGGUACCGGCCCGGGUGGUUAGAACGCCAGCACGCCGCCGUGGAUGAACCAGUAGUAGAUCAUGUGUUUGAGAGGCUACGCCGUGAGCUCCUUGAGCGAGACCCGUCACAACCCGCGCGCUGGGAUUGUGAUUUAGGGGCGUGCCUCCUCCCCCCCCCCCCCCCCCCUAGAGGAGGCGCGUGCUGCCGGGCUGCAGGGAAACCACGGACUGAAGCCUGAACAGAAGCUGCAGACCUCGGCGGCGACGGUGCAUACAGCAACAGCGCGCCCUGCUGGCUGUCUUAAAGUCGUGAGGAUUUAAAAGAUCCAGUUAAGUAAUUUGUCGAUGGGUAAUUAAAAGAGCAACUUAAAUUAACACAAUAUGCAGAUUUGCCAGGCUUUGGUUUUAAGUGUUGGACACUCAAAUUGUUACUUUCUGCUCACUGAGCACAAGUAAAUUAAAGGAUGAAGUUAUGUUUUUUGUCACAGCUGCUAUGUAAUUCUUUUUUUUUAAAUUUCUUUUAAAAUUUUCUGUUUUUGCCAAAUAGAAUAGUUUUAGAUGCCCCUUAAAUGUAAACACGACAACACAGCAGUGUGUUUAAAUACUAAACGUGUGAUAAACAAACCGGGACGCUCCGAAGCGAGGGGGGGUGUUCCCGGGUUUUGAAUGUGAAUACAUUAAAAAAAAAAAGUCCAUAAAAGGUAGUUAGGCGAGUUUCUUUGGUAGGAUGUGACGGUUAGGGAUCAUGUGGAAGGCAAGGAGCCGCUCAUCCUUUUCCAAAGAGCACUGUGAACAUUUCUGUGGUCUCCGUGAGCAGCAGUUUAGCGUAGCACUUGUUCUCCUUGUUUCAUCUGAAUGUACUUGUCUAUGAAAGCGGUGGAGCAGUGCACUCGUCCCAAGUUAAGCCCCCCCCGCCCCUUUUUUUUUAAAAACAACAAAUGCGAUUACUUUAUUAAAGUAUGUUGUGUAACAUUUAAAGAUGAUUUUGUAUUUUAAGACUUACUGUUGCUUGUUUCAUCUGGAGAAUGUUUUUUUUUUAAUGUUCAGACGAAUUGAUAUUGGUAUUUCAAAGUAUGGAUUGUUUUUUCACCUGGGACCAUGUACAGUGCUGUAAAUCAUGGAGGUCUCUUCCCCCUUGAUGUUACAUUUGGAAAGAAAGUAUUCUCCCCGUGAUUGUUACCUAUUUUGUUCUGAUGCAAUAUGAUUAAAGCGGGGAAUCUUAGUUUUGACGAAAUAGUUGCGUAGAUAAAGUAACUUUUUUUUUCAUCCUCAUGUUAUGCAAAUGAUAUUGUGGCAAAACAAAAUGUGUACAAACAGGGAUUCAGAUGCUUGAAGAAGCGACAAUAUACUUGUGUGUUUUCCCUAUGGAGAAAGUUUAAGUUGUAUAUAGCCUGUAAUUGUUGGGCUGCAUUUAGAUCUAAUUGUAUUAUGUAAAAAGCUGGGGAAAGUAUGUAAAAUAAAAAUUUAUAAAAAAUA